AGGAACACAACUAGCUAUCAUGAAAUGAACACAACAGGAGGGUAAAUGCUACAGGCUACAAUGGCAGUUAGUGUAACGUGUUAUGUAGUGUUUCAGGCAACGACAUGGCUUCAGCUAAGUCUCACAAAGGCAUGAGUAAUGCUGAAUGGCUUGCGCGUCUGGAGAGUUUUGCCCAAACAGGAGUUUGGCCAUCUACACAGGGGAAUAGACCUUCUCCCCGACAAAAAAGAUGGCAUGAGAUGUAUCAGAAGAUAGAAAAGUGCCCUCUGCAAAUGAGGGGACAGACCACUCUUCUGAAGGAAGCUCAGACAUGUAUUUGUGGCUUUCACAAGGUUCAUCCACCAGUCACAGGGGAAGCAUCACAGAGCACCCCGGCCCAAAGCACACCCUCUGUCAGCGAUGUGUCAUGUCCUGCAAAGAGACCUAAACUGACAUUGUCAAUGUUUGAAAAGUCAAGGUUUGGAGGCUCACAUGUGGCAGCAGUAAAACCUAAUUUGAGCACCCAGAGGAAAACCUCUCAGAUGUUAGAGCACUCCAGUUCAGCUACAGUUUCAUGUCCACCCUCUGAUCCUCAUCCUCCUCCAUCCCCCAAACCUCAUCAGCCCGUCAUCCAGUCCUCCUCUUCCUUCUUCCUUCCUCCACCUCAGAGUUCACAACGCAUCAAAAAAACAGCAACGCCAUCAACUGUUUCUGAGAAUACUGUUGUGAGGAGCCCACAGGUCUCAUCUCAGCCAGAAGAUCUCCCCCUUCUGUGGCCACAGACAAUGCCACAGCAAGACCAGAAGUGGGUGUCAGAAGCACUUUUUAGGGUUGGUGCAAAGGGAAAGCUGGAGCUGCGUGAAAACCUACAGUUGUGGUAUCACCCCCCACCACCAGCCCUGUUGUACCACCAAGCUCCAACACCUGAUAGGUUUUUUUCACAGCGUCUCUUGCUCUGGAUGCCAUAUAAGCUGUGGAAGGUGCGGCUCCAGUGUACUAACCCUGCCUGUGCCAGGCAACAGCUGUGUGGUGGUGGACUGCACAGGAGGGUACGACAGGUGUUAGACAUUGACAGAUACUACAACCUGGUGACAGAGACCCUGAUCUGCACCAGGUGUAGAACCAGCUAUCUGUCCUGGAGUCAAGCUGUGCUGCAGCAGUUGGACCUGGCCCAUCGAUCUGAAUUCAGGGUCAUCCUCACACGCAAGUAUGCCUGUGACAUUCGGGUUCUUCGCUUGCUGCGUGAGAGGGGCAUGGGGAAUGGCCCAGUGAGGAUCAUCGGCCAGCUGAGAGAGAACCACAGUGAGGAGUGGUUGAAACGUGCGCUUCGGUACACAUCAGAGUGUGUGGCCUUUUUUGAUAAUCGUGGCCUGCAUCCGCUGCACUUCCAGGAGCCACCACCACUUGCUUCAGUACCCAGCUACAAAUGGCUCCUCACUGUAUAUAGUCAGGACAUUCUCAACAGGCUCGAUCACAUAAAGGCCAGCAUAACAUCCACGUAUGGAUCAAUCUUAAAAAUGGAUUCAACUAAGAAGAUCACCAAGAAGUUGAGUGGGCCUGCGAAAGGCACAGCACAGUGGCUUACCUCAGUGGGCAAUGAGAUAGGUCAGGUGCUGAUGAGUGUCCUGACUGCGAAUGAAGGGGCUGGGUUAGACCUCAUGGCUGCAGGGCUCAUGGAACGAUACCGGAGUGCUGGUGUUGAUCCUCCCACUAUCAUUUAUGUGGACUGUGAUUGUUGCAAGAAAGUGGGAGAGACUAAAUUGAAGAGGCGGUUCAGCGGCUGGCCAGAUGUCAUCGUUCGCCUAGACAUUUGGCAUUUUAUGCGACGUCUGGCAGUAGGGUGCACCACUGACGCCCACCAGUUGUACCCUACUUUUAUGGCAAGGCUGUCAUCCUGUAUUUUUGAGUGGGAUGCAGGGGAUCUCACUCUGCUGAGACAGGCCAAAAGGGAGCAACUCAUCCAACAGGGCUGGCCUACUCUGUCGGAGGCAGAACUGGACCAUCAUUUAACUAAAGCUGAGCUGCUCCAGCACUGCAGGAGGAGAACACGGGGAGAAGAAACCACUUUCCGCCUCCUUGAUAUGCUCAUCAGAGAGCUCAUGGGUGGCAAGGGGAAUGAUGCUCUUGGUGUUCCUCUACUUGACAGUGUGAGAAUGCAGCACAUCUGGAAUGUCCAGAGGCGGCACAUCACCUGUAUCCAAGACCCUCCAAAUGUGCCGCUCUAUACUGAAACUGGAACUACAAGCAAGGGUGGGGUGGUUCUAAAAACUUAUCGUUGUGCCAGAGGCUCCACAUCCCUGGAAUCAUUUCACUGCCACCUAAACAGAUUUAUUCCAGGGAACAGCGCAAACAGCCUGAACUUCCAGAUUUAUCUCCUGGAAGGUUUAUUACGCUGGAAUCAGGACCGGGCUGAAGCUGCUGUUGCAGAUGGAGGUUCAACUCUGCACUCUUACACAGGGGAGCUGGUUUACUCUGUCAAUGAGAACUACAAUAAGUUGUAUGGCAGGAAAUUGGUCCCUAGCUUCACUCCACCUGCAGUAUACACAGGGGAGCUCAUUGGAGUACAGUACUUGUUGAGGCAGAAUAGUCAGCCCCUGGAGGACAUGUGCCCUACCUCUGAUAGGACCUCUCAAUUGCUGGAGGAGAUAGAUGUGGAGGAGCAAGUGGAAAAGGAUGAGGGUUUCAUUGAUUUCUUUGGAGAGGAAGCCACAGUGGCAAAUCUUGUGGCAUCAGAUGACUUAGUCCUUUCAGGUCCACCAGUUCUACCAGCUGCACCAGUUCCCAGUGUCCAGGCUCCUACAGCUGCACCACUGCCCAGUGUCAAAAUUCCACCACUGCCCAUUGUCCAGACUCCACCACUGCCCAUGUAG